ACGGAAUCCAGGAUUUAGACUAAACUGACCAUCAAGGUACUGAUCAGGUCUGCUGUAUUCAGCUGGCACUGUUAAUCCCCAGGGAUUAUUGUACACAGAUAUACCAUAUAGUAGCUGCAAGAGCCGUAUAGCCUUACCACUGGAUCUAAACCCUGAGACAAACAAGAUUAACCUGGUUAUUAUAAACCAGUGACUCUAUGCCUGUUUUGGAAGCAAAUAGCUGUGAAUUGUGAGUUGAGGAUUGAGGAGGAAGAGGGGACUAGUCAGACCUGGAACAGUAGAUUUGCUUGUUUUGGACUGGCAUUUCUGUACAUAGAUAUAAACGUCACAUGAUGAGUAUGACCCAAAGUUGUAGGUACCAAGCUGCCACCUGUCUCGCUCUAUCAUAGCCUGGUUGGAAGUGGGCCUGUGUCUAGCUAUCUGUGUGUGGAGUGUAAGGGGAGUGCUUCAGAGGUUCUGUAUUGGUCAGGUCAGUGCUGUGAGGGGAAACUCUGACCCUAGCUGUACAUCCUUGGCUGAUAUCUGUGGUGAAGUGUGUUGGAGGAAGACACAUACCUGACCUGACAUAUUUACCUAGUCCUGCUCUCCCAACCCAGAAACCUUCUGCCUGCUCCUCUUACAAUAUAUGGUUCUGGACAUAAGGGCUGACAUCCGGUUCUUUAGGGUCAAGACACCUUACCCAUACUGAAUGCCAGGUGGUGGCGUAUGCAGCAUUCACCAUUAAAGACUGACUAUUAUCUGCAGGGAAGUUUCCUACUUGUAGGCUCUAUUUCGUAGAUUUCCUGGGGUUUUUUUUCUUUCUUAUUUUGUCUCUUGUUACAUGUUUUUGAACCACCUGCGAAAUUUCCGUGGAAUUCACCACCAGAGUUGUAGGAGUGUAUAAUAACAGCAUUUAUGGCUGGGAUGUUCCUGGAGGUGGCCCAUCCAAUCCCCAGGGAGAAUACAGAAACCUAACGCAAUCAGGUCGCCAGUCAAGACGUACAUACGUCAUCUUGUGUCCGUGGGAGAGCUUCGCGAACAGCAGCCGUGCGCUGAUCCACUCGUUUGACGCACACACUUGAUCCAAGUCUACCUAAUAAUCUGCUGUUUGUGUGGAUGCGGUGAGGACUGAUGAAUGGCCGGCAGCCCGCGCUGUCUUCCCCGCUCUCUCACCACUAUCUCUAUCUGGCUAAUUAAGGUUGCAGGCAUGUGUGGAUUACUUGUGGGAGUCUCUUAGCUGUACCCAUCACCAUGAGUGCUGUGAAUCCCUUAGCCGAGUUGAAAAACAACACAAAUCGGCCAAAGAUUUAUAUGUCCAGUAAGACCCAUAAAGUGGUCAUAGUCUUUCCUAAUGGAGAAAUCGUUGAAGUGGCAAAUCCUCCUGAAAGAUCCAAAGAUGAUUCAAGUGUGGGAUCAAAGAAUGGACAACUAUCCAGAACAGGCUCCCUCACGGUCCUGCGAAGAAGUACAGGGCCUAACUCGAGGAAAACCAGUGUGAGCAGCCCCACGUCCAGCGUGGUCAGUGCUGACAGUGAUUCUUAUGCAAGUGUUAACCUAGGCACGGAGAAACUGCCUCCCAUUGACACUCCAGAGGCUUCCCAUGUUUGCUCAAUCAGAUUGCGUCACCUUCUGCGGAGGAUACAGAAAGAUGACAUCCCUAAAGAGGAUCUCGUCAGAAAUCUGGAGUAUGCAGCCUCCGUGUUGGAAACAGUGUACAUAGAUGAAACCAGGCAUUCACAAAAUGCUAGCAACGUUGACAGUGCGUAUACGGAAGCAAACUCUGACUCAUCUCCUAUGCAGUCUGCGGAGCACUCGCCCGCUCGCCAUUACCCCAACGCUGGCUCGCGGGAGCGAAAGAGGACACAUGUGCCUAAAAGACGUUUAUGUGAUGAAGAUGAUGAACUCAGUGAAGUUGAGCCGGAUGCAGUUCCCAGCGAGGUCAGGGAUUGGUUAGCUCUGACCUUCACAAGGUCAAUGAGCAACAUCAAACGUCGUGGUGAGGAGAAGCCCAGGUUCCGUAGUGUGGCUCAUGCAAUUCGAGCUGGCAUCAUGGUCGACAGGAUAUACCGGCGGAUGUCCAGUUCAGUGGGACUUCAUGUACCACCAAACGUUCUCCUGUUAUUAAAGAACUUAGAUGAUUGGUCAUUUAAUGUGUUUUCGGUGUCGGAUGCAGGAGAUGGUCAUGCAAUCAAAUUUGUUGGUUAUGAGUUGUUGCAAAAGUAUGACCUUAUAACAAAGUUCAAGAUAAACACAACCACUUUGGACAGUUUUCUGAUGCACUUGGAGCAAGGGUACAGCAAAUACCAAAACCCCUAUCACAAUUUAUUACAUGGAGCAGAUGUGGCUCAGACAGUGCAUUGUGUUCUUACACAGAGCAAAAUGGGGCAAUGGUUAACAGAUCUGGAGGUGUUUGCAACUUUGAUAGCCGCAUUAAUCCAUGACUUUGAGCACACGGGGACAACAAACAAUUUCCAUAUAAUGACUGGGUCAGAGUUGGCGUUGUUGUAUAAUGAUAAAGCAGUGUUAGAGAACCACCAUAUCAGCUCAUGUUUCAAGAUGUUCAAGGAGGAAGAGUACAACAUCCUGGCCAACCUGAGCCGCGAAGAGUACAGGGAGUUCCGGUCCUUAGUGAUUGACAUGGUUCUGGCCACAGACAUGUCUUACCAUUUCCAGCAAAUCAAAAACAUGAAAAACCUCCUCAGUAUGCCAGAGAACAUUGACAAGUCAAAGGCUUUAUCAUUGGUUGUUCACUGCGCAGACAUCAGUCACCCGGCCAAAGACCUUGCUCUCCAUAUCAACUGGACGGAGAGGCUGCUGGAGGAGUUCUUCAGACAGGGAGAUCGUGAGCAGGCUCAGGGUUUGCCCUUUUCACCGCUCUGCGACCGCAAAAACACAUUAGUGGCAGAAUCACAAAUCGGUUUUAUAGAGUUCAUCGUUGAUCCAAGUUUCACUGUGAUGGGAGACAUGUUAGAAAAAAUCAUGGCUCCUUUACAUCAGCAGCAACUACAACAACAACAAUCACCGAGGAAGAAAGACUCCUCCAUCUCUGAAGAGGUGUUUGACUCACAAGACAAGUGUAUGAGUACAGCGUCAAGCCUCAACAGCCGUCCCCCCACACCCAGAACCCCCACCUCCCCAGGUAAGCGCUACACGCUGAAGAGGCCGUGGGGGGAGCACCUGUCAGCAAACAAACAAUACUGGAAGGAACGGGCAGCUAAAGAUGCGCAAGAGAGGGCGUUACAAGAGGGUCAUCAGGAGCAGUCUGCCUCAGCAGCUGACCAGUCUGACUCAGGCGUGGAAUCCCCCAACCCAGCCAAGGAGGAGGCUAAGGGAGAUAACACUGAAAAAGUCUCAACGGAACAGGAGAAAACUGUAGAUAGUGAAAACCAGAACUUUGACACCAAAGACUCUGAAUCAGCAACCGGCAAUGCUGUAGACAUUAAACCCUUGGUUAAAGGUAUAAGUCGGCAGACGUCCACCACAGGUUUGUUGGAUAAGGUGAUACAUCCCAGCCCGGGAGUGUGCCGGCAGACGUCAACCACCGGGCUGCUGGACAAACUGACUAAGGCUAAGCCCGUCUCCCGAACGCGCACUUCCUCUACCCAGUCCACGGACGGCGACGAGGGCUAUUUCUCCCAAAUCACCAGGACGUCAGUGACCUCGGACUGGACGCCAACCGUUAGGGACGACUACGACAACGUCUUCGAACCGGCGCUCACAGCAACCUUCAGCAAUCUCCGGCGUGUGUCGGAAGUGGACACGCCCUCGCCCACAUUUAGCGAUGCCCUUGGCCGGGGAAAUAGUACCGAUGACGACCGCACAUCCUCCCGCUUGAGCAACACUCCGCGCGGCUCUGUGGAAGACAGUGGACGGUCUUCCAUCAAGCAGACGGACGUGUAAAGAAAUGCAGUCCCAGAAGAAUCGCUGUACAUAAAGUUAACGUGUAUAGUCAGCACGUGACUUUUUCUUCAAAUAUUGUCAUAAAUAAUAUGUUAAGAUACCGAUUUUUCACCCAAUAAUGUUGACCCAAAUGUAUGCAAUCUGCUUGUACAGUUAUAGUAUUCUUAGACUUUCACAUAAGGUCAGAUAUGUAUAGUACAUGUUGUUUAUAGCGCAAGUCGAGGUACAGAUCGGAGGGAAAGUGUGUGGUUUUGGAAAAGCCAUGUAGCAGUAUACGGCCUGCAUUAGCAUGAUGAAAUAUUAGAGACACCCACAAGUGGGUGAAAAUAAUAGUUGAAGUUUUAUGUUUGUUAAAAGCUCAAGCUUAUCUUUGUUGAGAUAUUAUUAGGGGUUCCCUGAUUUAUAGAGAUUUAAACGUUUUUCUUGAAUAUGAAGGCGCAGGUUUAACAUAGGUGGAAGGCGGCAAGGGGCACAUGUAUUUGGUGAAGAGCUCUAAAUUAUUAAUAAGUCUACAGGCCCACAUUUGGUCAGCUUUCAUACAAAUAAUUUGUAAGUCCUCUUCAGUUGACAAUUUUGUCCUGUUGCGGCUUGUUCUACGUGGCCAAAAAGCGGGUGGUAGCAGCUGUUACGUAUACCUCAUAGAUACCAAUUUAAAGUCAGUGAGAGAUAGCCAAACCAAUUUACUCAUUCCAUUGUUUAAAACCACCCCAGGCAAGUUUCUUAAGUGCCAAUUAAUUAUCGGCAACCAUGACAGUAAGAGACGCAAGUUACUCCUCACUUUGGCUGUGUGAAGACGCAAGUUACUCCUCAUUUUGGCUGUGUGAAGACGCAAGUUACUCCUCAUUUUGGCUGUGUGAAGAUGCAAGCUACUCAUUUUGGCUAUGUGAAGACGCAAGUUACUCCUCAUUUUGGCUGUGUGAAGACGCAAGUUACUCCUCAUUUUGGCUGUGUGAAGACGCAAGCUACUCAUUUUGGCUUUGUGGAGACGCAAGUUACUCCCCAUUUUGGCUGUGUGAAGACGCUAGUUACUCCUCAUUUUGGCUGUGUGAAGACGCAAGUUACUCCUCAUUUUGGCUGUGUGAAGACGCAAGUUACUCCUCAUUUUGGCUGUGUGAAGACGCAAGUUACUCUUUAUUUUCCCAGAGUGUGAAGACUCAAGUUACUCUUUAUUUUCCCAGAGUGUUAAGACGCAAGUUACUCUUUAUUUUCCCAGAGUGUGAAGACGCAAGUUACUCUUUAUUUUCCCAGAGUGUGAAGACGCAAGUUACUCUAUCCAGCCGUAUGCAUGACGAGUAAGUUACUCCUUAUUUUCCGGUUGUGUGUAGGUGUUUCGUGCAUUCAGGGAGGUGUGAACAGUAAGUUUUCCGACUGGGAAAAGACUUACAUUACUCAUUCUUCUGCUUGUGUGAUGACUUCCGUUUCUUUUUUUUCUGUCUGAUGAGGAGAGUAAAUUACUCCCUACUUUCCAACUUUACUGUCUCACCGGUGUGAAGACUGCUUUACUCCAAAUUCUGAAGUUUGCAGGCGUGAAGACUUAUGUUAUUCCAUACCUUCCAGUUGUGUGAAGAUUUAGUUUUUCUUUACAUACGUGUUUCCGUGACGCUGAAGUUGCUUUGUUCAUGCUCUGGGGCCAGUUGUUUAAAAGUGUAUUGAAGUUAAAGCAGAUUUAAAUCUUAAUACCAGUCUCAUCCUAAUAAAAAGUAAAUGACACUUUAGUCUGGACUACUUUAAUACCGGGCUUUAGUCCUAAUAUGGCUUUAAACAACUGGACCCACCUGUUGUGAACAUUAAGGCUAUCUUUACUUUCCAGACCGUGUAAAAUCUAAGUUAUUCCUUACCAUCUUGCUGGAGUGAUCACUAUAUAAAUAGCAACAUGAUUUGUCAA